AUGAGGAAGCAUAUUGCGCUUUAUACUGGUCUUUUUGUUCAGUUUUGUCAUGCAUAUACCAAUUUCACACAGGACUAUCGCCCUCAAUAUAUAUUCCGGUCGGUCUCGGAUAAAGAAUUUAAUGAGAAAAUAGUUGGGAAUGAGGAAUUGCUCAGUUAUGGUACUAUUGAAAAGCUUGAAGAUGGUUCAAGGUGCUUUAUGCCUGAUCUGCAUAACUACACUGAGCUAAGUAAUACUGAAGAAUGGCGUAGAGCGCUAAAUGAGACAUAUGAAGUCGGCAAGAAAAUUAUAAAUGAUGAAACUAAUGGUUCCGCGCAGUAUUUGCCUAGUGGUUUCUGGAACUACGUGUAUACUAGUGAUGGUUCUUUUAGAAAUUUGAUGCAGACUCAUGGUGAUGUGUUUGGAAUUCUAUUAGGUACGUCAGGUAAUGGUGAUGCUCGUAAUGAACUGAAGCUUCAGCAGGAUGAGAAUGGCUUCUAUUUCAGCGAAGUAUUAACUUUGGGUGAUAUGUGCUCUCUUACUCAGAAACAUCGUGAGGUUGAAGUUCAAUACCGGUGUAGCGAGGAAUCGCCGAAGAUUUUAUUGAAUUAUGUUGUAGAACAUCAGACGUGUAAAUACUUAGCGACGCUAUCGGUACACGAGCUAUGCACAUUGCCGCUCUUUGGUUACGAUACAAACAAUCUUUUUAAGAACACCAUAUAUUGCACCGAAACUGAGCCGGUAGAAUUCGAGUUGUUAUCACUGUUGGAUGAGUAUAAACCGGUAUUUAUUGGCUCCAAUUUCUACUUUCUGACAAGCUACUCUACUCCAGCUCCUAACAUUCAAAAUUCUAUUCUAUUAUAUCAUGAUGAUAUGAUUCAUUUCGUCCAAGAUCCUCCUGUAAUUAAUUUGGAAGAUGUGUUCUUUGAAAAAGUGAAAGAAGCAUGUUUAACAAUCUUAGAAACAGGACUACUGAUUUCACCAGAGGGCAAGAAGCUCACUUUAGGUGACAAAUUUCAGUGGUACGUGAAAGUAAUAAAUUUUGAAGGCCGCUUGGUGACUGCUAUGAAGGUCGGGAUCGACGAUGAAGAUUUCCUGCAUAUAACAACGGUAUAUCCAGAGAUGGUCGGAGCUAUGGACAAAGGGAACUUUUAUGAUUACCUUCAGGACAUUCCUAACAAUACUACUGAUAUUGAAGAGUUUAGUGAUGAUGAGAAUCAAGAAAUAUAUCCUGAUGAUCAAUGGCAAUUAGAAGACAUGGAUGACUCCGUAAGACAUAAUAUUGGUUUCCCAGGAGCUUUUUUACUUGAUGACAUCGUCGCUGAUCUUGACAUGGGUGAGAUCAGCUAG